CUUUCCAGAGUUCUUGGUCAUCAUUUUUUCGGACAAUUUCUCGCAGAAAUUUACCGCAUAUAUAAAAAAUUCUCGUUCCUAUCCCCAAACGCGUGUUCCAUAUUAUCUUCUUCCGCACCACUACAGAUCAUCUGCAGAACCAAAAGCUAUAAAAAAAUGGCAGAAAAUAUCCCUUUCCCCGUCCUCCCUAUACCCCAACAGCACAAGGAUCUCGUGAGAUCCGUCAAUGCCUAUGUACACGGUUACAUGUCAUCUCCAGAUCACGACAGUUCACACGACUACCAUCACAUUCUACGCGUCGUCUCAAACGCAAACCGCCUCCUUGCCCUAGAAAAAGAACAAAAUCCAAGCCAAGAGUACAACGUGCCGGCACUGUUCCUCGCUGCUCUGCUACACGAUGUAGGCGAUCAUAAAUAUGCCGCACCCGGCGAAGACGUAAAAAACCUCGUUUCCACCAUCCUUCAAGCACGCGGCGCAGACGCCGACCUAGCAACCCGUGUCCAAACUGUCGUCAAGCAUGUAGGCUACUCCAACGAGUCCAAAGACCCACAAUCUGUCAUCAACGUGUUGAAAAAGUAUCCCGAGCUUGCAAUUGUUCAAGACGCGGAUCGUUUGGAUGCGAUCGGGGCCGUGGGCAUAGCUCGUUGCUUUUCAUUUAGCGCGGCGAAGCUGAAGGAGCAGCCUAUGAGUGUGGCGAUUGAGCAUUUUCACGAGAAGCUGUUCCUGUUGGCGGGAAUGAUGAAGACGGGAGCUGGGAAAGAGCUGGCGGAGAGGAGGAAAAGGGUGCUUGAAGAAUUUGCGGCGGAGUUUGGAGAAGAGUCGAAGCUGUCUUUUGUGGUGGAAUGAUGGCGUGUUUUUCCUAAGUAGCCAUUAUGUGGCAGAGGAUUCUCUCUGUGUAAGUUAAGUAUAGUAGACGUAGGAAAUUUAGAGGCAACAUAUUAUUAGUGAAGCUAGCUCACUAUCUUCAUGGCUGCCUGACGCUGGAAACUUUUCAUCCACUUUACCGCCGCUCUCCCGCGUAUCUGACCACCCCAGUCGAUGGUUCUGUGCCCAAUCAUAACUUUUGGGAAAGAUCCUUGUUUAAUACCGCCGAGUUCUACUCAUAGUUGAGACCAAUCUCUGUUUCCCACUGAAAUACUGAUCACCGCGUGUGAGGUAGGGGGUAAGAGAACGACAUUCGAUCAUUCUUUCAAGCAACACAAUAACGCAGAUUAUCUCAUAUUGAGCUACUGCAAACUUAUGGCACCCUAUCAAUCCAUUGGUAAGUCCUGCAUUUUCGAAUAUCGAACUCACCUAUCAGCCUAAUGGUGUAGACAGUCUUAUGUUUUUCAAUUUCUUUAAUUACACUUUCGGUCUGUGCUGUCAAUAACGAUAGGACAGUACAAAAAUAACACCAACCGCAUAUGUAUUUAACUAUACAAUUUCUCCUUUUCUUAUUUAUUUGUUUUGAGUUAGAGUUCAGGUGAUCCUACACACAGCGAAGGGUUUACAGCGAUAAAAUAAACCAAAAAAAAAACCCCCCAGCGAUGACCAAAAAGACAUAUAAUUUCUCAAAAAGCGCUCCCCGUCCUAUUGAAUUUCCAUACGGAAACGAAAGGAACAAUCCAAUCCCGAAAUAUAUUGUCCACACGCUUGGAUAUUCGAACUCAUGCUGUCGAAUUUCCGAGUAAUUCUUGAGGGGGUAAUGGAUCAAAGCUGGGCAAGUUGACUUAAUCUCAGU